AUGAAGAAAUUCAUCUUUGCAGCACUCCUUGCUGUUCUUUUCUUCGCCGCUGUCUUUGUCAGCGCACAAGAAGUGGCCACCGAACAAACCAACACAGAGGCCAUGAUGACCGAAGCCGAUAAACAACAACUCUUGGAAAAAUUCUUACAAUCUGUCGCUGAAAGAAGAAACAGAGAUGAAAGAAGACCAAGAAGAAGAGAUUCCAGAAGAAGAAGAAGAAACCCAACCAAGUACUUGAAAUCCUUGUUGAGAAGAAUGAAAGAACUCGGUUUGAUCAAGUCCACUUCCAUCCGUAGAAAGCAACUCGAUCGUAGAACUGCCAUCUCCUACUUGCGAAGAUUGUCCAAGAUUGUUCGUUAUUUGCGUCGAUUGGUCAAGCAAGGAAAGAAGGAUGAAGCCAUUCAAAUUGUUUCCAAGUUGAAGACUUCAAGAAAGUUCGCUCGUGCUGUCCGAAUUGUUCGUACCUUAUUGAGAAAGUUGCAACGAAGAGCUGCUAAGAGAAGAGCUUUGAGAAGAUUUCAUGCUAGAAGAUUCGCAAGAAGAUUCCCACAAAGAAGAGGACGAAGAGCAAGACGUUUCCCACAAAGAAGAUUCCCACGAAGACGUUUUCCACGAAGAAGAUUCCCACAAAGAAAAUUUAGAAGAUUCUUCCCAAGAAGAAGAGUUUCUUCCAAGCCACUCUUUGGUGUGACCAAGAGAGAAAUUUCUAAGGAAAUCCUCAGACAACAAUUGAAGAGAAAGUUGAAGAAACUCUUGAAGCAGAUUUUCCUUAGAGAAUUUGUGAAAAAGGGAUUGGCUCAAAAGAAGCAACAAAAGAAGAAGACUUUGAAGAGUCAAUUGAAGAAGCAAUUGAAGAACAAGAAGCCAGUUGUUGCUCAAAAGCCUGUUGCUACUACUCCAAAAGUUGAAAACAAGCCAGCAGUUGUUGUUGAUCAAAAACCAGCAGUUGUUGCUCAAAAGCCAUCUCCAAUCAAUGCUGACAAUUUGGAAUCUUUCAUUAAGCAAAUUUUGAAGGAAUAUUCUCAACAAUAA